CGGCGUGCGUGUGACGUCACGAGCGGAGCUCGCGUGCGCGAAUAUGGCGGUUCAUGCGACGACGAGCGACUCAAAAAAAGUGCUGAAAGUUAUAAAAUAAAAGGAAGACAUGGCGAGAAUCAACACUAAAAAACUGCAGAAGAGUGCAGGGAUUGUUCGGUGAGGAAACGAGCCCGACAGGAGAGGCAUAAAGACUGCGCGGAGAGCGUUUAUAUUCGCCUCAGGAUCUCGAGAGAGAGGGAGAACUGCACGCGGAAGUGACGAGAGACUUAACAACUAACUUACAACUCCAACAAACUCCAACUGUACACUACACGUCAAAGUUACACGAACCGAGGGUUUAAUCGGGAUAACACCGCGUGUUGGAGUUCCUGUGAGAGUUCAGACUCUAUUUUACACCUACAUGUGUUUAAUUAGCUCAAAUCUCAUCAACGUCAUUUACCGUAGUGACGUCGAAGUGCUUGUUUACAGCUGCUGCAAACGUAAUUAAAUGGUUAUUACUACAUGUAGUAACAGUUAUGUACUGAGUGACACUGCUAACCAGUCUUGACACAAUCACUAUAGUAGAUCUGCUGUUUAAAAAGUUAUUGUUGGACAUUUCUUCCAAGUGAACAAGGAUGAUAGUUGACUGUAGUUUCAUGCACGUCAGCAUAUCUGAGCGAAUUAUUGACGCGUGCCAGGAGAGAUUCAUAUUCGCUUGACGUCACUAUGAUUGACAGCUCAUCAGCUCAACCUUACUCACAGUUUCUGUCGAUCAUGUGGAGGUUUCAGUGACGUCAUCACCCUGAAGACUGAUGUUUCGUCCUCCUCUGACACACCCGCACAGGCUUCUGGAUCUGGCUGUGGAUGCGUGACCGGCGCUGGACUCUGACUCGUCGGGACCGGGAUCCGGUGUGUGUGUGUGUGUGUCGGGCCCUUAUGGGGCAGCAGCCGGGGAAGCCCGUCGGGGACCAGCGGAGACCGAGUCUGCCGGCGCUGCCCUUCAUCAAGGCCUCUGGGAAGCGAGAGGCGUCGCGGCCCGGAGCGCAGAACUGCAAUGUGUUCACCGUCCACGAAGCUCUUCAGCGGCCCGGCUUCGAGCCUCCGGGUCUUUCUGAAGCGGCUCGCUGGAACUCCAAGGAGAAUCUGCUGGCGGGACCCGGAGAGAACGACCCCAACCUGUUCGUGGCGCUGUAUGACUUCGUAGCGAGCGGCGACAACACUCUCAGCAUCACCAAAGGAGAGAAGCUGAGGGUUCUGGGAUACAAUCACAAUGGCGAGUGGUGCGAGGCGCAGACGAAGAACGGGCAGGGCUGGGUGCCGAGUAACUACAUCACGCCGGUCAACAGCCUGGAGAAGCACAGCUGGUACCAUGGGCCCGUGUCGCGCAACGCCGCCGAGUACCUGCUCAGCAGCGGCAUCAACGGCAGCUUCCUGGUGCGCGAGAGCGAGAGCAGCCCCGGCCAGCGCUCCAUAUCGCUGCGCUACGAGGGUCGCGUCUACCACUACCGUAUCAACACCGCCUCCGACGGCAAGCUGUACGUGUCGUCCGAGAGCCGCUUCAACACGCUGGCAGAGCUGGUCCAUCAUCACUCCACGGUGUCGGACGGCCUCAUCACGACGCUGCAUUACCCGGCUCCCAAGCGCAACAAGCCCACCAUCUACGGCGUGUCGCCCAACUAUGACAAGUGGGAGAUGGAGCGCACGGACAUCACGAUGAAGCACAAGCUGGGCGGAGGGCAGUAUGGGGAGGUGUACGAGGGCGUGUGGAAGAAGUACAGCCUCACUGUGGCCGUCAAAACACUAAAGGAAGACACUAUGGAAGUGGAAGAGUUUCUAAAAGAAGCUGCAGUGAUGAAAGAAAUCAAACACCCCAACCUGGUGCAGCUGUUGGGCGUCUGCACACGGGAACCUCCCUUUUAUAUCAUCACCGAGUUCAUGACGCACGGGAACCUGCUGGAUUACCUGCGCGAGUGCAACCGCCAGGAGGUGGACGCCGUGGUGCUGCUCCACAUGGCCACGCAGAUCUCCUCCGCCAUGGAGUACCUGGAGAAGAAGAACUUCAUACACAGGGAUCUAGCUGCCCGUAACUGCUUAGUUGGGGAAAACCACUUGGUUAAAGUGGCAGAUUUCGGGCUGAGUCGCCUGAUGACGGGAGACACGUACACAGCCCACGCCGGAGCCAAGUUUCCCAUUAAAUGGACCGCACCGGAGAGCCUGGCCUAUAACAAAUUCUCCAUCAAGUCCGAUGUGUGGGCAUUUGGAGUCCUGCUUUGGGAGAUCGCCACCUAUGGGUUGUCUCCGUAUCCUGGAAUUGACUUGUCCCAAGUUUACGAGCUACUAGAGAAGGAUUACCGCAUGGACCGGCCCGAGGGAUGCCCGGAGAAAGUCUAUGAGCUCAUGAGGGCCUGUUGGAGGUGGAACCCUGCAGAGCGGCCUUCUUUUGCUGAAACCCACCAGGCGUUUGAGACUAUGUUUCAAGAGUCCAGUAUCUCUGAUGAGGUGGAGAAAGAGUUGGGGAAGAAGGGUAAGAAGCUGACGCUGGGUCCAAUACAACAGGCCCCAGAACUUCCCACUAAGACGAGGACACUACGAAGACAUAUGGACAGUAGGGAUGGUGACAGCCCGGACGCAGCAGAGCCUGAGCUCCCGAUGAUUCCGAGGCCUACCCUCGACAGCAACUUGAACGAAGAUGAUCGGCUCUUGACUAAAGAUAAAGAUAAGUUCCGGAUGAAUCCCUUCAGUUACAUCAAGAAAAAGAAGAGAACGGCUCCGGCGCCGCCGAAACGCUCCAGCUCGUUCGGGAAGAUGGAUGGGCACCUGGAUCGGAGAGGACUGGGUCCCGAGUGCAAUGAUUUUAACAACGGGGUUCCCACCAAUGAUGCCUCGCAAGGCAUCGAUCCUUCCAAAUUGAUUGGGUCCGGAGUCACCAAUGGAGCCCUAGUGUAUCCCGGUCAGCUCUUCCCUCCUCAUUCAAGGAAAAAGGGCACGGGAACGACGUCAGGGAAACUGGCCACAACUCCGCCAGGAGAAGAAGACCCAAUGUCAAACUCAAAGCGCUUCCUGAGGUCUUCGUCCGCAUCUAGCAUGCCUCCAGGAUCGCAGCGAUCCGAUUGGAAAUCGGUCACUUUGCCUCGUGACAUCCAAUCUUCUCACUUCGAGUCGGGAACCAUCGGAGGCAAGCCGGCUUUGCCACGCAAAAAAGCAGAUUGCAUGCCGAGAGGUGGAACCCUAACCCCGCCUCCGCGCCUUCCCAAGAAAACCGAGGAUGCGUCGGAUGAAGUCUUCAAGGACUCGGAGUCUAGUCCCGGAUCAAGUCCUUUGACUCUGACGCCGAAACUCGGGCGACGCCCGCAAACAGAAACCUCUAAAACAAGUGCCUUGCAAGCAGAGCUCUUCAAACCCAACGUGUUUCCAACUCUGGAUGAAAUCAGACCUCGCAGGCUCAAGCAAACCUCGGAAAUCCCUGGACAAAGAGAGCGGGAGAAGGGAAAGUUCGCAAAACCCAAACCUGCUCCUCCGCCUCCGCCUCCCGUCUCCAGCACCAAGUCUGGGAAGACUUCGAGGAGCCCUACAUUUGAUGUGUCUUCAGAUACCAAAAUCAAGGGUUCUGAAGUGAAUCCCUCUAAUCCCGGAUCCACAGACCUAUGCAAGGGAAGUCUUUCCCAAGAAAGUGCCAAGAAACUGCAGAAAAACACCUCGAAAGUUCCUCCCACUAAAACCUCUCCGGUGUCUCCGAGUGCUCAGCUUCCGGGAAUGGGAACGACUGUCGGAGACCCCGGAUCCAACUUCAUUCCUCUCAUAACGACUCGCCGCUCGUUGAGGAAAACGCGCCAGCCGUCGGAAAGACUCUCCAACUCUUGCAUCACGCGCGAGAUGGUCUUGGACAGCACCGAUAUAUUGCGAGCCGCGAUCGGACGGAUCUCGGAGCAAACCGGGAGCCAUAGUGCCGUGUUGGAGGCCGGGAAGAACCUCUCCAAGUUUUGCGUAAGCUUCGUCGAGUCCAUCCAACAGAUGCGCAACAAGUUUGCUUUCCGAGAAGCCAUCAAUAAGCUGGAGAGCAGUCUUCGUGAGUUGCAGAUCUGCCCAGCGGCCACCGGGGGCGCCAACACGCCUCAAGACUUUUCCAAGCUGCUGUCCUCCGUCAAGGAGAUCACCGACAUCGUUCAGAGGUAGCGGAGAAACGCUCGGAUGCGAUCGAUAUCUAGAUUCUUCUCUGGGUGGACGAACUCUCUAAGGGAGCCCACCUCGUGCCAAACAGACACAUUUACGGACGACUCUAAAACAGGGUCCCCGAAAGUUCGUUUGGCGAUCUUAAGGUAGAAAGGUCGACUUGAGUCGCAAUUCCACAACUUGACUUUGACUUUUCUUGCAUUAUCUCAGCGUUGCGGUGAUUGUGACCGAAAAACACCUCACAAUUUCCAAUAUUUUUUUAGAGAUCAAAAUAUAUUUGCUUACAAAAGAAACACUCGAGAUCAUAGCGUUGACUCUUUUUCCGCGAGUGGUUUGGUCAAGAAAGGGCUCUGCUGUGAGAUGUGAACGGUCCCUGUGAAAUGAGGAAGCUGACUGAUUACGGAUUGUAUGAUUGCGACACUGUGCCACGAGUGACGUUUAGCUGACCCGCGCGGAUUUCCCAGCAUUCCUGAUCCUGUCGAGGGUUUCGAACAAGUGUUCCUUCAGCACAAUCACUACACACACACGACUCUCCUAAACACACCGUGGCCUUAAAGAGCGAAUGAAACACUACUGUCUCAAGGAGAACGACUUGGAAGUGCGAAUCAGAGCUUAAGAAGCAGUGUAUGUAUAGAUGUUUUUAUUGUACCACUGUUUUCCACACACCACUGACGGAAUCAGCUUUAUCCAAUGACCACACGCCCGUCUUAAAGUUAUAGUUCUCAUUGAGGAUGUCUUACUAAGAGCUUGCAUAAUUGAAAUAAUGCGGUUGUUUUCAGUAUUAGUUUGUCUUUUCCGACUCUCUGCCAUCUGACUGUGACGCCCGAGGAGAAAGCCAACCACAAGCUGCCUUUGAUUCAACACGGUACUCCCAGUGUUGACUUUUAACGUUUUGUUUUCGUCUCUUCAAAAUCAUGCCACUACUUUUUAAUGUGUAUUCAACCUCACCCUGUUGUAGACUCAUCUUUGUAAAUACACGUCACUUGCUUUCUCUUUUCUGUUGAUUCUUCCUGUAACCUUGGUGCAAUUUUGUGUUGCAUAAAAUACAAAGAAAUUUUGCUACUUGAACAACAUAAAGAGUUCAUUCUCUGCUGU